AGGUGUUAUCUCUGAGAAACGAAGAAGAGGUCAGAGUGAACUAGUGAAGACUGUCCAGAUUGUGCUGAGACCUUCAGACUGAGCAGGUGGAGGAGGAGAAAAGAAGAUGUUGCUGUCGAGGAGCUCAGCCCUCGUGCUGCUGGUGGUUCUGCAGUUUGUGGCUGGCUCGCUGGCUCAAACAUGUCAGAGUCCUGAUGUGAGGUGUGACUUUGUGUGCGACUGUUCUGACUGCAGCGAUGAGCGAGACUGUGGCCACAAUGGGAAAGAGUUUGAGUGUGACUUUGAGGAUGCAAUGUGCGGGUGGACUGACCAGUCCAUCGACGCACCCGUGUACAGAUGGGACAGCUUUCAGAGAGGGGACACUCUGCCUGACAGCGGGCCGUCCUCCGACUACACCACUGGGACAGCUACAGGCUGGUUCAUGGGCGUGACGGCGGUGAACUCGGAGUCUGUCAGCACAGCAGUUUUCACCUCCCCAGAUAUGCAGCAGUCUUCACCAACCUGUCGCCUUCGUCUCAGAUACUUCCUGUGGGACUCAGGUCACACGGGCCUGGGCGCCACACCCUUGUGGGCGUCCGUCCAUCACCAGGGCGCUCGAGAGGCCGUAGUGUGGCGUCCCGAGGCCACCAGUGUACGUGGCUGGAGGGAGGCGACCGUCUACCUGGGCCGUAUUCCGGGGCCGUUCCAAAUCCGCCUUCACUCGCAGCGCUCCCAGGGGGGGAAAGGAGAUGUGGCGGUGGACCAGCUGGAGUUUCUGGACUGUGCUCUGCCCUUGCCACUCCCUGGUCAAGAGUGUCCAACAAACAUGGUGGAGUGUAAACGCGAGGGCUGCGUGGAUCAGCGGCAGGUCUGUGACGGCACCGACGACUGCGGCGACGGGACUGAUGAGCUGAACUGUGGAGAGUUUAGCAUCUGUGACUUUGAGGAGGGCCUGUGUGAAUGGGACCUGACUUCACUCUCCAAUCUGAAAUGGUUCAGGACGAACCAGCAGAGCCUCUCCAUCACGGAUCCUCUGAGAGGACCAGGCAGGGAUCAUUCCAGCAACAGCGUGACAGGUCACUUCCUGUAUGUCACUGUCCCUGAUGGUGGUCUCAAAAUGGACUGGGCUGCGUUCCAAAGUCACCUCCUUGAACCCACCAAUAGUACACACCCAUGCAAGAUGGUGAUGUACACUCACCAGUUCGGGCCGAGGUCCGGCGGUCUGACGGUGCUGGUGGCAGAUCGAAAGAUCUACCCUGUGUGGGAGAGAGCCGGAGCUCUAGGUGAUGUUUGGGUGAGGGCCGAGGUGGAGAUCGUCACCAACAACACGUUCCAAAUUGUAAUCAUGGCAGCAAUCAGGGACUUGGCAUACGGAGGCAUCGCCAUCGACAGCAUCGUGUUGUCUCCUGAAUGCCGCCCAUCAACUGCGAAUUAUACACUGGCAGAGUUCCCCAAAUCUCCUAAAGAGCCGUGUACUGAACCAGACAAGAUGUGCAAUUUUUAUGGUGACUGCCCAGAUGCAGAGGAUGAAACCAAAUGUGGGGAUUUCUCGGACCCUGAAGGCAGCUCAGGCUGGACUGACACCAGCAUUGGGAAUCAAGGCUGGGUGCUCUUUAAAAAUUCCACAUCCAAUGAGGAGUACCUGUCUGUAGAUGUGUCGCCAGGCCAGCAGCUGACUGAGGCCCAGACACGGACCCCCCUCCUGGGCCCCUCCGGGCCAGCCUGCACCCUGCGCUUUGAUUUUGCACUAACUGGGAAUCCAGAACACAUCGGUGAGCUCUCCAUCAGGGUGAUUGACAGCAUGCUAGGAGUGCAGCCUAAGCUGUGGGAGUUCAGUGGGAAGACGGGAACAGACGAGGAGUCGUGGCAGACGGCCAGCUUAAAUAUUGGAGCCAGAAAAUAUCGCUUCCAGCUGGCGUUUGAAGCUCGUCGUGUGAAAAUUUGUCCAUGCACAAAGAUCAAAGUGAGAAACGUCCACUUCACCAGCUGUCACGCUGAAUAUUUCCCAUCCUUUCCGACGGAACUCUCGUGCAACUUCGAAGAUGGACUGUGUGGAUGGUAUCAGGACAACAGUGACAACUUCGACUGGAGCGUGCUCAAUGGGACGGACCACACCAUCGGGAUAGGCAGCAGCCUUGCUGUGGACAUGUGGAGUCCUUCUCUGCGUGGUGCGUUCGGGCGCCUAAUUUCAUUCACACAGAUGCCAGCUUCUUCAGAUCAGUGCCUGUCCUUCUACUACAAAAUCUAUGGGCCGAACACAGGUGCUCUGAACGUGAAGCUGUUGAGUAAGGAUGGUUCUGAGAGCGUCCUCUGGACCCGCAGCGGAGCUCACGGCAACAUGUGGCAUGAGGCACACUGCCCGGUGCCACACCAGCUCACCAAAUUCCAGCUGAUAUUUGAAGCGGUCCGCUCCGGAUUUGACGGGCGCAUCGCCAUCGACGAUGUGGCGCUCUCGGAGCGUCCGUGCACCCUGCCGAGGAUGUGUUCCUUUGAAGGCCAGCAGUGUGGCUACAGCAGCUCUGGUAAAGUUAACUGGCUGUACCGCAACGGAUACGCCACCACGAUGAAUGGACCCAUGACUGACCACACUCUUGAGACUAAACUGGGCUUCUACAUGAUGGCUAACACGGCAGGGAACAUCCUUCCUUGGGGUGAAACGACACUCCUCACAUCGCCUGUUCGCCAGGGAACCGUUAUGACUGAGUGCGUCCAUUUCUGGUAUCAGAUGGGAGGAGAGGAUUCUGGUUCUCUGACGCUGUAUAUGAAGCCGGUGAAGGGAGAGAGGGUGAAGAUCUUCUCUGACAGUCUGGAACAGGGAUACAUCUGGCGCCAUGGCAACGGCAACAUCUCGAGUAGCCUUGUGGACUGGCAGCUGGAGUUUGAAGUGGUCGGAGCUGGAGGCCAAAUCACUUUCGUUGCGGUUGACGACAUCUCUAUUUUGGCUCACCCGUGUCAAGAUCUAGGUUCAAAGUGCACACUGGAGAGAGGGAUGUGUAGCUGGACUAACACUAAAAACGGACAAAAAGGACUCGAAAAGGACCAACUGGACUGGGAGCUGACCAGUCAGGAGGCAGAGAGGCACUUCACCACCCCGCCUCACGACCACACUCUGGGCACAGAGAGGGGUCACUUCCUGUUCCUUCCAAGCAGCAACCGGACGGCGGCAUUGCAAAGGGCUUACUUGAUGAGCCCUCACCUGCCCCCGACCAAGGGCACCUGCCUGAAAUUCUGGGCCUACAAGCAGUACUCAUCGGACACUGCGGAGCUGAAGGUGUGGAUGCUGGUUGAAGGUCUGCUGAACCAGCUGGUGGUUGUGAGUGAACUGGAUGAUCUGUGGAGACGCUUUGACGUCAACAUCACAUCUGCUCAGGAAUAUCAGAUCGUGUUUGAAGGAAUCAAAGGAUCAUCAGGUGCCAUUGCUCUGGAUGACAUUGAGUACACCGUCGGAAUCGACUGCGCCGGCGAAGUCAAAGAUCCACUCUCAACCUCACAGAAGCAUGACAACGCAGGAGGGAUAGCGGCGUCCGUCAUCGUGAUGCUCCUGCUGGUCGGCACUUUGGUCGCCCUGCUGGUUUACUACCUUAGAACCCGGCCUGAAGUAGCAUCAUCAUCAUCAUCAUCUCCCUCAGCUCGUGGCGGCUUCAGUAAUGACAUAUACGAACCAGAUCUCACACAGGACCGUGUGGCAGUUCCAUCAGUGCAAAACCAUCCGAUGGCAGCCGGCUUCAAUGAUGUCUCUGUCUAUGACGAUGUCAGAGAGAUGGAGGUGGCGUGAGGCGGGAGGAGCAGGGUGCCACCCAAAGGUGGCUUUGUGAAUUUAAGGCGAUAUCACAGCAGGAGAACUGUUUGUGUCGCCCUUACAUGACACGCACACACGUACACACACCCACACACACAUGCAUACACAAAACACACGCACAGCCCACAUACUGAAACACUGAUGAAGGCCUAAUGGAUGCAGCUGCCUCAAAGGUCACAGCUGACUGCCUGUCAGAACAGAGGGAAGUCAGAAGGAGAGUAAGAAGACAUGGAUGGAAUUAGUUUAACUAAAUUAAAAUCUGUGGGCGUUUGAAAGACAUGUGUUUCCAAGGAAAGGGGGGGUCUGAUGAAAGAUACUACCGAGUUGCAUUGUGGGAGUGGAUCUCGAUUCACAGUUAGGACUGUCAGAGCCUCUCCGCCUCUAAUCUGUCCCUAUCGAAAGUUGUGGAGUGCCCCUUUAAAGAGACAGGCAGACAGACAGAUUAAAGCAGACAGAAGAUUGCGAGGUUGUAGAGGAAGCUGACGUGUAUUGCAACUGUUUGGAAAAAAGACUGUAGGACAGAUGUGUUCUUUCGGAUGUGCUGGAGGGUUAACUUUACUCUGCUUUACAAGAUAUAAUUAAUCUCUGACGAUAAAUGAAUUAAAGUUGAGCAUUGCAA